AUGCCUGUUUUCAACGUCACUCUGAAAGAGAAUGCUCCAGCCGCUGAGCUCGAGAAGGCGAAGCAAGCGUACAAGGACAACGGUGGUGAGAUCAAGCAUGAGUUCACAUUGAUCAAAGGCUUCACUGUUGAGGUUCCUGAUGACAAGGUUGGAGUCUUCCAAUCUAACGAGCACAUCCACGUCGAGCAGGAUGGAGAAGUGAGGACUCAGUAG